AUGGCAAGAGGUUUGGAAAAGGGUGUAUGCGAAUUGUGGCGAGGUAUCACAAGGUUAGAUCACUUUAACUUUCUAAGACAAACAGUUCUGAAAUUUGAAGCAUUUGUUAAUCAAGUUCAAACGCAGUGGGCUCAAGCCAAAACUCCUAACCGGGGUGUCAGUAAGAUAUUAGUCAAUCUACUCUCAGGUGUGAUUCUAUAUUAAUAUACCUUUACCACCUAUAACGUUUUACCUACCCGGAUUUAAAGAGACACAACACAAGAAUCUGAAAACUGAAAAAUCCCUCCUUGAAGACUGGAGCGUAUUAACGUAUUACAUUAUUUAUAAUGGAUAAACUCGAGCUUAAGUAAUUGGGAAUCUUACCAUAUUGAAAGGGAAAUUGAAACAUCCCUCUUCCUUAAACAUAAUUUAUGUUAUCAAAUUGGUUAUUGAUUAUUAUUGGAGAAAGAAGCCCUUAUCUAGUCAGAUUAUAUUCCUAACUAUCGUCUCUUUAAGUUAUUACCGACCCUACCCUAACUGAAGUAAGAGUUUAAGAUAAGAAGAUUUGAUUUUAUACAAGUUAUAACAAGUGUCCGGAUAUAAAUAUCUAUUUACUACACCAUGGUGAAAACUAAACCCUGGACUUUCAUUUUCUUUUCUGUCUCAGUCUGUAUAAAUGUUGCUUUAGUGUCUAGUUUGAGUUGGAGUAAUGAAGACUGCUCUAUGUACUUUGCAGAAGACACAGAAAUUGGAACCAGGCUAAUAAAUCUGACGGCGAUAGCAAGCAAUGAUGGAGAUAUGUUAAUAUUCUCCACAGAUAACAUCCUAACUGAUAGCCUGGUGAAUUUGUCAGCAUCGUGGUCUACAGGCACUCAAGAACAAACCGUAGGGGUGCUGUUAAUGUCUGAUCUUGAUAGAGAUUUUACACCUCAAAUUAAAAAACUGAGAUUUAAAGUUCAAGAUCAGAAUUUAAUAUCAGCGUCCCUAUCAUGUGAGCUGAUUGUAAGAGAUGUCAAUGAUAAUCCUCCAAUAUUCCAAAAUCUUCCUUACAUUAGCAGCGUCAUGGAGGAUAUAAAAACUGGAAGCGUUAUUUUUGGAAACAUUUCAGUUUACGAUCCUGAUACUAAUCAAGGUGGUAUCUUUACUUUAUCAAUGGUGUCAGACCAGAUAAACGAUGACAAGUUUGAUUUUUCAUGGACAGCAGGUUUUCCGGGAACUUCGACAGCCAUGAUUAAACUGAAAUCCUUGUUAGAUUAUGAAGAAAGAAAUUUCUACACCGUGAUGAUUUCAGCAGUGGAUAAUGGUGGACUGUCUAGUUCUGCUGAAAUAACCAUAUCUGUUGAAGACAUCCAGGAUUCCCCGCCAUAUUUCAUACAGCCUAUUUAUAGAGCCGCAAUUGUAGAGCAUUCACCAGUGAAUACGUCAGUAAUUCAAAUCCAAGCUGAGGACGGUGAUAAAGGUGUGCCUAGAGAUGUUGGUUAUAGAAUCAUUAAAGGUAAUAAAGAAUAUUUCGCGAUAGAUGAGACUACAGGUUGGAUUAUCCAGACUGUUUCAUUAGAUAGAGAUGAUGCUAUGAUGAGAGAGAUAAACGGUGUCUUUGAUCUCACUGUGCAGGCUUUCGAACUAAAUGCAACAGUGGGUGAAAAUUCUACUAGUCACGUCACUGUGACGAUAACUAUUGAAGAUCUAAAUGAUAAUGCACCAAUAUUUAAUACGUCAACACCAUAUACGGCUUACGUGAGAGAUGAUACGCCACCUGAUUCACUGAUAUAUUUCGAUGGCAAGGGAUACAUGAAUGUGUUCGAUGCUGAUCAGGGAUCAAAUGCGUAUUUUGAACUAUCAGUGGAACGAGAUGGCGAAUCGUUUCCAGCUCUUGAACCUAGCCCACUGGAAGUUUAUUUUGAAGCAUUUGUUUUAAUCAGAAUUACAAAUAGUUCCAUAUUGAAAGAAUACAGUGGACAACAUCUAAGUUUUACCGUUAUAGCCAGGGAGACCAAGACAGAUGAACAAUUAUCCAGUACGGCAGCAGUUGUUUUAACAAUCGAGACUACCGAGGAACCAACUACAACGCCUCCUCCUCCAGAAGAAGAUCAAAUAACUGCUCCGGACAUUGUAGUUUUCGUUGUCGGGUUUCUAGUUUUAUUAAACAUUGCUACGUCAGUGACAAUUUGUGUUCUGAUGACCAAACGUAAAAAAAAUCAUUCCCAAGGUCUUGCAAGAAAUGGUUCGAAAUAUUACGUCACUGUUACGCCUAAAAGACCCGGAUUGACCGUGGACGCUACAGAGAGUAAUGCCAGUAAUGGGAUAAGUAGCACUUCGGUGAUGCAGGAAAUUCCUUAAAGACAAUCAUACAAGAUGGAAUUUUGGAACUCUUUGGUGCAUUCCCACAAAAACGUUAAUUGUACACUGUACAGAGCCUUUUGAUGGUGAAACAGUUAAGGGAUCUUGUACGUCUGAAUUUUGGAUAUUUUCAGUGAUAACUGUACAUAUUGGUACCUAUGUCUAACUUCAGCAACAUUGUAUUAUGACAUUUGUUUACAAAGAUUAUUUUAUUAUCUGCAGGAAAGUUCAAGUUAAAAAAAAAUACGCGAUUAUCCAAGGAUUCCACAUUAAAAAAUUAUAACUGCAAUCUGUUAUUGCCUGAGUAUGUUAUAACGUUUAGUUAAAUUUUUGCAGGUUAUGUUUGAUCUUUUUGGCUACUCCUUUCGGAUUUUGUUUUUAUGAGACUUUGUUCCCUUCAUUUCAUAAUUACUCUAUGCUAUUCCGUCCUGCUACACAACCUCAUCUUGUAACAGUUUAUUGUAUUGUUUAUACUCUAUAUUAAAUUAUUUUCUUAAAUAAUAUUACCUAUGU